AUGUAUAGAGUGAAAUACAAGAAAAAACCUAGAAAGGAAACUAUGAAGACCGUUUUCGGUAUUAAGCUGCCGCCUAUUGAAGCAAUGGGUUCUAAUGAAAUCAAAACAAACAUAAACAUUGAUCCUUUGUUCUACUCCUUGGUUGAAGGAAGGCCUGUUAGACCUAAUACUUGUAUUAAUAUGUACAAGCAAAACAUAAAAAAUGUUGCUUUGAAAAAAACACUUCAUGGCUUUAUUGUAGAUGAGGUUAUGAGAGUCGAAAGAGAAAUUGGAAUGGAAAGAAUCGUUUAUGAAACAGCAACCAAACAUUUUGAAGAGUACCAGAAUAGUUUUGAUAAAUUUUUAGCUGAUGACAACAACAAAACAAUCACAGUGAUGAAGAAAUCAGACGGUCUAUCAAGAGAGUUGGUAAAUCAAACAGAAGAAUAUAAGAAGAUGAAUUAUGAGAUGGCAUCACUGAAGUCUAAGCUACAGUAUACAGACGAGAGUCUAUUAAUUUUGUUAUCCUUCCAAAAUUUUCUCAACAAAGCUUCUCCGAUUCUUUGGCAAGAAAAUCACAAUGUUGUAAUAGAUACUAAGCACUCAGAAAUAUUUUUCUUAGACACGGACAUAUUUCAAAAAAUAAAUGUGAAUGCUGUUAAAAAAAUAUUGACUAAGCUACCUCCUCCGCAACUGUAUUUUGAAAAUCCUGAACAGUUGCUCAGUGUAUUUUAUAUGUUGGAGAAACAAAAUUUAAAUUAUUUAUUAGUUACUGAAGAACUGAAUUCUCAGAAGAAUAAAUUUUUAAAAGCUUUAGACUUAUUAAAACAUUUACUUCGACAAGAAUUAGAUUAUAUUGAGCAAAAGAUUAAUGAAAUGGAAAACUUAAUCAGAAAAAAUGAAUUGCGAGAGAUUGAAGUAAAAGAAGCUUUUUACAAAAUAUUGGAGGAAAGAUUAAGGCAUCUAAUUACAUCUGAGACAGUGCUACAGUUAUAUAAUUAUGUUGAAUUUGCUUACGAACGUCUUAUUGCACCGAAUGAUACUAAACUCACCUCAUUGGACAUGACCUUAGCAUUGGAGAGAGAAUAUGAUAAUUUGAUGUUGGAUAUUUCGACAUUUGAUCUAGAUGUUAUUAAACGGAUAGAAAAAGAAACAUAUGAGAACGGAGUUGAAGAAUUGAAACAGGCAAAACACGCAGCUAAGUUAUUGAAGGAUGUCGACAAGCUUAGCAAACGACUCAAGUCGUCUUACGAACCGUCUAGAAACAAUAAUUCUAAUUAA